AUGCAACGGUGCCAUUCGCGGCUCCUUGUGCAGAGGCGUCUGCCUCUUUCAUUUGCCCCAUGUUCUCCUUCAGCGCAUCCACCAGCGGUCCGGACUCUACAAAUCGACUACCACCCAUUGCCCCAAUUGCGGACAAGGACGAAACUUCCUGUAUCUUAUCCUUCGCCCCUCACCCAAGUCUCCAACGUCCGCAAGAAGGCUCCGGCUGUUGGUCAUCGCGUGGUGCGUGGAUUCUGUGAAUCUCGUCGAUAUCAGAGCUCUGCAGUUGCCGCGGACGUGCCGAGCUUUGCUUUUGCUUUCGAUAUCGACGGCGUUCUCCUCAGAUCCUCAGCCCCAAUUCCCGGUGCCGCCCAAGCUCUGAGUCACCUCCACAACAACAAUAUCCCCUUCAUUCUGUUGACCAAUGGCGGUGGAAAGCACGAGAGCGCACGCGUCGCGGAGCUGAGCGAGAAACUAGGCGUCCCUCUCUCCGAAGACAAUUUUGUCCAGUCACAUACACCGUUCAAGCAGCUUGUCGAAGGUUCCGAGACUAUCGGGAGCUUGAAGGACAAAACAAUUCUGGUAACAGGUGGAGAUGGAGACAAAUGUCGAAGGGUCGCUGAGAUGUACGGCUUCAAAAAUGUUGUAACACCGGGCGAUAUCCUCAUGGCAUAUCCGACAAUCUGGCCCUUCAGCAAGGUCUUCUCCGAUUACUACAACAAAUCCACCCGACCGCUUCCACGCCCGGUAGACCUCAACAAUAUCGCAAACUCUCUCAAAAUAGACGCCAUAUUUGUCUUUAACGAUCCCCGCGACUGGGCCCUCGAUUCCCAAAUCAUCCUCGAUCUCCUUCUCUCAAAGGAAGGCUACCUCGGCACCUAUUCCGAGAAGAACGGUAACCCAAACCUUCCAAAUAACGGCUGGCAACAAGAUGGCCAACCGCCGCUCUUCUUCUCCAAUCCCGAUCUCUUCUGGGCUGCUUCUUACCACCUGCCCCGACUUGGCCAAGGCGGUUUCCAAGCUUCCCUACAGGGAGUCUGGGAAGCGACGACCAGCGGCGCUGCGCUGGAGCGUACCGUGAUAGGCAAGCCAUACCCCACAACCUACAACUACGCCGAGAAGGUCCUCAACAAGUACCGCACACAAAUGCUUGGUGGCAACGGCGGUAAACUGCAGAGAGUGUUCAUGGUAGGCGACAACCCGGAAAGUGAUAUUAGAGGCGCGAACGAGUACCAAAGCCCAUUGGGCACGAAAUGGACGAGCAUUCUCGUCAAAACGGGUGUUUUCCGCGCAGGCACUCAACCAAAGUACGUGCCAACAACAAUCGCGGACGAUGUCUUAGCUGCGGUGAAAUGGGCAUUGAAAGAGGAGGGAUGGAGCAAUAGUAUAUGA